UCUUUCCCCUAACACCUGGGCCCAUGAGCUGAGCGGCUCAUUUGCAAAAAAGUAAGGAAUUCAUUCGGUAUUGAAAAAAGAACUAUCAACUAAUAUUGGAACGUAAUAAAUAAAAAAAAUUUAAAAGAAACCCUCCCCCGAAACCAAAAAACAGCAAUGAAGCUACCGCCAACGAUAAUGCAAUUAUUCGGGGUAAUCUUGGCCAGCAUUUUUCUAGUGCUGCCAAUGGCCCAUAGUGCUGCUGUGAUGUCUGUUGAUCUCGGCACUGAAUGGAUGAAAGUUGGUGUUGUGUCGCCGGGUGUUCCCAUGGAAAUUGCCCUAAAUCGGGAAUCCAAACGUAAGACACCAGCGAUUCUUGCGUUCCGCGAUGGCGUACGAACAAUUGGUGAAGACGCCCAAACGAUAGGAAUACGUGAUCCAUCCUCAGCAUAUGCCUAUUUGCUUGAUCUGCUCGGCAAGACAAUUGAUAAUCCCAUUGUGGACUUGUACAGAAAACGUUUCCCCUACUACAAUAUCAUUGGCGAUCCUGUGCGUAAUACUGUGAUCUUCAGGAAAAGCGACACUGAGGAAUUUUCUGUAGAGGAAUUGGUUGGCCAAAUGCUGGUGAAGGCUAAAGAAUUCGCCCAGGAGUCGACACAGCAACCGAUCACAGAAUGUGUACUCACGGUGCCCGGUUAUUUUGGCCAGGCGGAACGAGAGGCUUUGCUGGCUGCUGCCCAAUUGGCACAAUUGAAGGUGUUGCAACUGAUCAAUGAUUAUGCUGCAGUUGCCCUCAACUAUGGAGUGUUCCAUCGCGGGGAAAUCAAUGAAACGGCUCAGUAUUAUCUAUUCUAUGACAUGGGUGCCUAUAAGACAUCGGCGGCUGUGGUUAGUUAUCAGUUGGUGAAGGAUAAACAGACCAAGGAAGUGAAUCCAGUUGUUCAAGUCUUGGGUGUCGGCUAUGAUCGUACAUUGGGCGGCCUGGAGGUUCAGUUGCGUUUGCGUGACUAUUUGGCAGCUGAGUUCAAUGCAUUGAAGAAGACCAAAACCGAUGUGACCACCAGUCCGCGGGCAUUGGCCAAGUUAUUCAAAGAGGCGGGACGUCUUAAGAAUGUUCUAUCGGCCAAUAAUGAUCACUAUGCCCAAAUUGAGAACUUGCUGGAGGAUAUUGAUUUCCGUCUGCCAGUGUCACGCGAGAAGCUCGAGGAAAUUUGUGAAGACAUCUGGCCACGUGCCACAAAGCCCUUGGAACAGGCAUUGGCCUCCUCGAAUUUGGGUCUGGAUGUGAUCAAUCAGGUUAUCUUAUUUGGCGGUGGAACCCGUGUGCCACGUGUCCAGGAAACGAUCAAGCAGCUAAUCAAACAAGAAUUGGGCAAGAAUCUGAACGCUGAUGAAUCGGCCACUAUGGGUGCCGUCUACAAGGCAGCCGAUCUCUCCGCUGGCUUCAAGGUGAAGAAGUUCAUUGUCAAGGAUGCUGUCCUCUAUCCCCUUCAAGUGGCCUUCGAACGAGACCCCGGCGAUGGAGCCGCGGUUAAGCAGGUUAAGCGUGUUCUCUUCUCCCUGAUGAAUCCGUAUCCCCAGAAAAAGGUAAUCACCUUCAAUAAGCACACCGAUGACUUUGAUUUCUAUGUGAACUAUGGUGAUCUGGAUCGUUAUACUCAGGAGGAGAUCAAUUCCUUGGGCAGUUUGAAUAUCACAAAAGUCGAACUGAAAAAGGUGAAGGAAUUGCUGGACAAAUCGAAGAAGACCCUCGUCGAGAAUAAGGGCAUAAAGGCAUACUUCUAUCUGGAUGAUUCUGGCAUAUUCCGUUGCACGGGCGUUGAGUACGCCUACGAUAAGCAGAAAUUGAGCGAGGAUGAUGAUGGCACCGAUGACGAGGACAGCACUCUGGCCAAACUGGGUAGCACCAUUAGUAAACUGUUUACCAAGGAGAGCGGAACUGGAGGCAGCGGCACUGGCACCGAAUCGGAGUCUGAAGGAGCGGAGAAAUCGGGAGAAUCGGCCGACGCUCAGCCAGAGGGGGCGGAGGCAACUGGGGAGAAGCCAACAGAUGCGGAAGCUGGGGAUGCCAGCAAGAAUGACACUUCGGCUCCAACUUCUGAUGGGGCAGCGGUUAAACUUGUGACCGUCAAAUCGCCCGUAACUUAUACUACGCAUUUGCAGAUCACUCCGCCUCUGUCUGGUGCUGGCUAUGAGAGCUCUGUGGCCAAAUUGGCAGCCAUCAAUAAGGCCGAGGAGCAACGUGUUCGUCUUGAAUCCGCUCGCAAUGCCCUUGAAUCGCACAUCAUUGAGGUGCAGCAGAAGCUAUCGGAGCCAUCGUAUGCCAAGUGUGCCACUGAGGAGGAGACUGAGAAAUUGCUGGCCGAAUGCAACACCCUCUCCGAUUGGCUUUACGAAGAUCUUGAUGAUCCGCAAGCUGAAAUCUAUGAGGAGAAAUUGACUCAGUUGAAGAAGUUGUCAAAUGUCUUUCUGGCUCGCCACUGGGAGCAUGAGGAGCGUCCCGAGGCUGUGAAGGCUCUGAAGGGCAUGAUUGAGGGUGCUGACAAGUUCCUAGUCACCGCACGUAAUCUCACCAAGGAGACCAAUCCCGAAAAGGAUGUCUUCACACAGGUGGAAAUCGACACAUUAUCCAAGGUGAUUGAUGAGACAAAUGUCUGGAUAAAGGAGGAGAGCGCUGCCCAAAAGAAAUUAAAGCUGAAUUCGGAGAUUCGUCUUUCUGUUAAGGAUAUAACCGAUAAGAUGGGACUCCUCGAUCGUGAGGUUAAAUAUCUGGUUAACAAGAUUAAGAUCUGGAAGCCAAAGGUGAAGCCAGUUGAGAAGAAAAUCAAAGAGAAGAGCACAAAUGGAACGGAAACAGACGGAGGUUCUGGCGAGAAGGCAUCGGAGGCAGAAGAGCCCAAACUGGAUGAGAACGAGAAGGCUGCCAAGCAAGAGGAUGGAGAGACUGUUACGCCCACACCCACUCCCACAGAAGAUGCAAAAACGCCGCACAGUGAACUUUAAACUUUGAUAUUCUUUAAUAGAGAGAGAGAGAGAGGGAGGACCAAGAUUAGAUGCUCCUGCUUCUGGAAAUGGACUAGAGUAGAGUAGAUGCGGCACGUAAUGCCUGGCCAGAAGCAUUGGUAAGGGCGGGGCGGUCUGUAGUGGGGUUGAAAGCAAAACAAAAAUAAAAAUAACAUAGUCUCUCUAGGUCGGGGGCGGGAAAUAGAUAUGGGAAAAAUCA